CGGUUUUUUCUCCCCAUUACCACAUCCAAGCAGGAGGAGUAAGCGUCUCGAGAUUAUUCCAUUUUUUAAAAUUAUUCCUUAGAGAAUAACUGCUGAGAAAAUGUAAACGAGUGAUUAUUCUGUUGAUAUAGAAACUUUGUCGCAUUAAUAAGAGAGAAUAAAACGAGUGAUAUAGAUUUUUAUUAUUUACCUUUUGUAUCAUCGGCGCAUCGAGUGGGCUAACCUCGAAGCAACUAUGGCGAACGUUGUUCUGGACAAGGAGACCUUUUUCAGACGUAUGAAACGUCUGUACACAGCGUGGAAGGAAGGUGAUGUGGGGGCUGACCAAGACAGCUUUACCAAGAUGGACUGUCUGGUAUCAGCAGUGGGUACCGACGAGGACAUUGUCUACAGCAAGUCCAUGGCCCUGCAGACCUGGCUAUUCAGUUAUGAACUCACAGACACCAUUAUGAUCCUCGCUGAGGACUCGAUCAACUUUCUCGCCAGCAAGAAGAAGAUUGAGUUCUUGAGGAAAGUAGAGAGCGGAAAGACUGAGGAGACUGGGGUGCCUCCUGUGAAACUUUUUGUCAGGGACAAGAGUGACGAGGAUAAAGCCAAUUUUGUCAAGUUGAUUGAUGUCAUCAAGGGCAGCAAGAAGGGCAAGACUCUGGGGGUAUUCUCCAAGGAAAACUAUCCUGGGGCAUUUAUGGACGCCUGGAGGGCUGCUAUUAAACCAGAGAAUUUUGAUAGUGUUGAUGUGAGUGCAUCAUGCGCCUAUGUCAUGUCCCCAAAGGAGGAAAUUGAGAUUUUAACAGUGAAAAAAGCCUGUCUUGUCUCAGUAGAUGUAUUCACUAAAUACCUAAAAGACCAGAUAAUGGAGAUAAUUGACUCGGACAAAAAAGUUAAGCACUCGAAAUUAGCAGAAGGUGUUGACCAAGCCCUCACCAACAAAAAGUAUGUGACAGGAGUGGAUGUCUCCCAGGUGGACAACUGUUAUCCAGCGAUCAUUCAGUCUGGUGGAAACUACACUCUCAAAUUCUCAGUGGUUUCAGACAAGAAUAACCUCCACUUUGGUGUGAUAAUUUGUUCGUUGGGAGCUCGCUACAAAUCUUACUGCUCCAACAUUGUGAGAACCCUUCUGGUGAAUCCCACCAAAUUCAUCGAGGACAACUACAAUUUCCUCCUCAAUCUCGAGGAGGAGAUUCUCAAGAAGCUCACAGCAGGAACUAAAAUAAGUUCAGUUUACGAGACUGGUAUAAAGUACGUAAAGAGUGAGAAACCAGAGAUGCUAGAGCACUUGACCAAGAACUUUGGUUUCGCCAUGGGAAUUGAGUUCAGGGAGUCCUCUCUUCUCAUUGGUCCCAAGACACAUGCAAUCGCCAAAAAGGGAAUGGUCUUCAAUGUCAAUGUCGGACUAUCAAACUUGUCAAAUGCCGAGGCAACAGAUAAGGAGGGCAAGAGUUAUGCCCUCUUUAUUGGGGACACUGUUGUCGUCAAUGAGACGGCAAAUCCAGCCACUGUCCUCACUACCUCGAAAAAGAAGAUGAAGAACAUUGGCAUAUAUGUAAAGGACGAGGAGGAAGAGGAGGAGGAGGAAUCGGGAAAGGAAAAUGAGCCAAAACCUGAGAUACUGGGACGGGGAAAACGAAGUGCUGUUAUUGAAUCCAAACUCAGAACUGAGCACAGCUCUGAGGAGAAGAGAAAGCAACACCAGAAGGAGCUUGCACAGCAGCUCAAUGAGAUUGCUAAAGCGAGAUUGGCUCAACAGUCUGGGGGAAAGGAGCAGGAGAAGAUCAGAAAGUCAACGGUUUCCUACAAGAGUCUCAAUCACAUGCCCAGGGAGGCUGAGGUCAAGGAAUUGAAACUUUACGUUGACAAGAAGUACGAGACAGUGAUACUGCCCAUUUUUGGUACACCAGUGCCCUUCCACAUUUCUACAAUCAAGAAUAUAUCUCAAUCAGUUGAGGGGGAUUACACUUACUUGAGGAUCAAUUUUUUCCAUCCUGGGGCUACUAUGGGAAGAAACGAGGGUGGCACCUAUCCCCAGCCUGACGCCACUUUUGUUAAAGAAGUCACUUACAGAUCUACCAAUACCAAGGAACCUGGUGAAAUAUCAGCACCUUCAUCCAAUCUCAAUACAGCUUUCAGACUGAUCAAAGAGGUCCAGAAAAAGUUCAAGAACAGGGAGGCUGAGGAGAGGGAGAAGGAGGAUCUUGUCAAGCAAGACACUCUGGUACUCUCACAGAAUAAGGGCAAUCCCAAACUCAAGGAUCUUUACAUCAGACCGAAUAUCGUCACCAAGAGGAUGACUGGAGGAUUGGAGGCUCACACCAAUGGCUUCAGAUAUACCUCUGUUCGUGGGGAUAAAGUUGAUAUUCUAUAUAAUAAUAUUAAGAAUGCAUUCUUCCAGCCUGGAGAUGGUGAGAUGAUUAUUCUUCUGCAUUUUCAUUUGAAACAUGCUAUUAUGUUUGGCAAGAAGAAGCACGUUGAUGUCCAGUUUUAUACCGAGGUAGGGGAGAUCACUACUGAUUUGGGAAAGCAUCAGCACAUGCAUGACAGAGAUGAUCUGGCUGCUGAACAGUCGGAGAGGGAGCUCAGGCACAAAUUGAAGACAGCUUUUAAAUCGUUUUGCGAAAAGGUCGAGUCCAUGACCAAGCAGGAGAUUGAAUUUGAUACCCCUUUCAGGGAUCUUGGCUUUCCUGGAGCACCUUUCAGGAGUACUGUUCUCCUUCAACCGACUUCUGGCUGUCUUGUCAAUCUCACCGAGUGGCCGCCUUUCGUUAUCACUCUGGAGGACGUUGAACUUGUGCACUUUGAGAGGGUCCAGUUUCAUCUCAAAAACUUUGAUAUGAUAUUUGUUUUUAAGGAUUAUCAGAAGAGGGUGGCCAUGGUCAAUGCCAUUCCCAUGCACAUGCUGGAUCAUGUCAAGGAGUGGUUGAAUUCUUGUGACAUCAGGUACUCCGAGGGAGUCCAGAGCUUGAACUGGGCCAAAAUUAUGAAGACAAUCACUGAGGAUCCCGAGGGCUUCUUUGAGAGUGGUGGUUGGACCUUUUUGGACCCAGAGAGUGACGCGGAAAAUGAGGAUGUCGAUGAUGAGGAGGAGGAGGAGGACGAUGCCUAUGAGCCUACGGAUAUUGAGAGCGAGGAGGAGAGCGAUGAUGACUCGGAGUAUUCAGAGGCCUCCGAGGACUCGGAGAGCGAUGAGGAGGAGUUGGGUAGCUCCGAGGAGUCCGGCAAGGAUUGGAGUGACCUAGAGAGGGAGGCUGCUGAGGAGGACAAGGAGAGGGGUGAUGGCACCUUUGGAAGGAAUGAAUUCCCCAAGAAGAAAUCUGAGCCCUCGAGAUCCAAGGAUAAACACAGGCACUCAGGGAGCUCCAAGGGAAAGGGCUCGUCGUCUUCUUCUUCGAGGGAUAAACACAGAACGGACCGAACGAGGAGUGGGGGUUCACACAGAAAAGUGUCUCCUUCCAAGUCGUCCAAACACAGCAGUCCAAAGAAGAGUGACAGACAUGACAAGCAUCGGUCGUCACAUUCAUCAUCCUCGAGUAAGAAACGGUCCAGGGAGGACAGUGGAGAGCGCAAAAGCUCCAAAAAAUCCAGAAAAUAAAUGGCAUGUGCUAGAGAGCAAUCACACGCGGCGUGAAAACUUUCUCACUCUACUAGACUUUAUCAGCAGGACUAUCACGAGAA